AAGUAGACAGGUAUAACAAACCUAACUACAUUGAAAAGUUGCUGAGUCAUAAAAAAAAAAAACAAUCGAUGUUUUCUGUCAUGUUUCUUCUCAUUGAACUGUCCCCGUGGUUCUGUGGGUGAGGAACAGUUGGCAGCUUCGAGUUGCUUCCAGACGAGAUGUCAGUAGAAAUUAAAGGUCACGACAGGCCAAGCGCCGAGUUACAUGUGGACCGCAGGAGUUGCAAGACAAGCUGACAACAAUACUGAGAGUUCAGGAGCUCCUGGCAUGGAGGGGGACGUGGAGACCGACAAUGGCCUGGGGUCUCUGGACCUGAGCCACCUAACGGAGGAAGAGCAGGACAGCAUCUCGCAGGUGCUCCUGCGAGACUUGGAUCUGCGACGUCAAGACGAAGGACGCGUGAGGAUGCUGGCGCAGAACAGAGUCGACCUGGCGCGGCUACACACGCAAUCCGGGGCGUGGUUCCGCGAGGCGUCCACCAGGCGCCACCGGGGCCGCAUGUCUGGCUCGGACCUGGUGCGCGCCACCAUACGCCGCCGCACACCAAAGGUCAACGUAAUGGAGUUGUCAAGGGCCGGUCUGUUCAAUGGCAAGGCGGAGGAACCCUCAAGCAGUUCCUCUCAGGAGGCCGAGGCGCGAUUGAAGGAGGUGGCGGAAGACAUUCCAGCGAGCCCAUCUGGUUUUGUGUCCACACCAAGCAGGAACACAACAGCAACAAAGGAAGACUAUCAGCGCUACAAAAGAGAGUCCUUGUCUCUCUGCAGCAUCCCGAGGGACUCGGAACCUUUGUCUUUGCCCCAAAACAACUUUCAUUCCAGCUUCACGUUAAGCGGCGGCAUGAUGAGUCUGUUUAGCUCGGGGGUCUUUGGCGUGGUGGAGGUGCGGGGCCGCAUGCAGUUCUCGCUGGCCUAUGACGGCCACAAGGGGGAGCUGCGCGUCAAUGUGCACCGCUGCGAGGAUAUCUCGGCGGCGACCGACGAGAACCGCUCCGAUCCAUACGUCAAGUGUUACUUGCUGCCCGACAUGUCGAAUCGCAGCAAGAGGAAGACGUCUGUAAAGAAGCGGACGCAGAACCCCGUCUUCGAGCAGACGCUCAAAUACAAAGUACGCCAAAAUGAGCUGAAUAGUCGCACCCUCAAGCUAUCCGUGUGGCACGCUGAGCCUUUGGCCAAGAAUGUUUUCCUGGGUGAGGUCGAGGUGGCGCUGGGCGUCUGGGACUGGACCAGCACGCAACGACUUUGGCAGGAUCUCCAGCCACGGCUCUACUUGAGGCCGGACUGCAUCAGCAGCCGCGGCACCCUCUUGUUCUCCAUCAAGUUCGUCCCGGAGGGAUUUGAGGGCGGUCUCCCACUCACGGGUGAGCUUCACAUUUGGCUUCAGGAGGCUCAGGGUCUGCUGUCUAAAAAAGGGGGCGCCAUUGACUCCUUUGUGAAGAGUUACAUCCUGCCCGACGCCGGCUGCCAGAGCGGCCAGAAGACCCAGGUGGUGAGGCGCUCUGUCACCCCAUCCUACAAUCACACCAUGGUGUACGACGGCUUCCAGAGCAGCGACCUGGAGGAGGCCUGCGCCGAGCUGAGCGUGUGGCAGCGCGAGGGCUUCAAGCAACACGUGAUUGGCGGCAUUCGCCUCAGCUGCGGAACCGGUCAGAGUUACGGCCAGGCAGUCAGAUGGAUGGACUCCACGCAAGAAGAAGUCUCGGUGUGGACGUCCAUGAUCAAAAACCACAACCACUGGAUCCAAGCCACCUUGCCCAUCAGGACCAACUUGACGAGCCGUUCGUCCGAGUGACGGCAUGUGCCGCACACGGACCCAAGACUCUGUACUUUUUCAAUCAUUCCUCCUAGGGUAGGUAUUGUAAAUGAGCUGCAGGAUGGGAAUAAUUAUGUCAGUUCCUGUUUGGUUCUCGAAUUACAGCUGUGAGCGUGUCAUUUCCUGAUGUGAUUCAAUGUGAAACCCGUUGAUCCUGCUUGCUCAUCAACGCUUAGAAAAAUUCACAUAGUCAUGCGCAAAGGCACAACACUUUUGUAUCAUGUACAUUUUUUGAGGCUCAAAAUGUCAAGACUCCGCAACACAUAACACACGUCUCAUGACAUCAUCAAAGCUUUGGUCAAGAGAACGAUGGCGAGACGCGACCGCUCUUCAGUAAAACUCUGCCUUCUAAUCCACUCAACUUGUUAAUAAAAGACAUGUUGUCAACA